UGGCUUCAGGAGAGAGGCGGAAUCUAGUAAGACUUUCGGGGCGGAGUUAAGGUUCUUGAGGGCUUGGGACCCAGCUGGGCUUUAGAAACCGGAAGUAGCUUGUCACCCUCAUUCAGAGCAAUUCCGAUGACUGUCCACAAUCUGUAUCUUUUUGACCGGAAUGGAGUGUGUCUACACUACAGCGAAUGGCACCGCAAGAAGCAAGCAGGGAUCCCUAAGGAAGAGGAGUACAAGCUGAUGUAUGGGAUGCUCUUCUCCAUUCGUUCGUUUGUCAGCAAGAUGUCCCCGCUAGACAUGAAGGAUGGCUUUCUAUCUUUCCAAACUAGCCGUUACAAACUCCAUUACUACGAGACUCCCACUGGAAUCAAGGUUGUCAUGAAUACUGACUUGGGCGUGGGCCCUAUCCGAGAUGUUCUACACCAUAUCUACAGUGCGCUGUAUGUGGAGUUUGUUGUGAAGAAUCCUCUGUGCCCGCUGGGACAAAUUGUGCAAAGUGAACUCUUCCGAUCCCGGCUAGACUCCUAUGUCCGAUCUUUGCCCUUCUUCUCUGCCAGAGCUGGCUGACACAUCUACCUCACCCCUCAGAAGAACCCGUGACUGCCUGGGCCCAUCUCACUUGUUGCAAUUUGAGCCCUUCCACCUAUCUGUCUCCCAGAGCUUCAACCUGAAGGCCUACCACCCACUGCCUUCAAGUCAUGAGAAUGAAGUUCACAAGAGAGUCUUUGCCAGUUUUAUCCCCUGCUUGACUCUGUAAACAAUGCAGAAUAAACCUUUUGUCACCCUC